AUGCAGCUGGCCGUGCUGUGCGCUGUGUGUCUGCUGCCGGGCAGCCUGGCUCUGCCACUUCCCCCCGAGGCAGGAGGCAUGAGUGAGCCACAGUGGGAACAGGUGCAGAGCUAUCUCAAGAUAUUUUAUCCAUACGACUCAAAAACAAGGGAUGCCAACAGUUUAAGAGCCAAACUCAAGGAGAUGCAAAAAUUCUUUCACCUGCCUAUAACUGGGAUAUUAAACUCUGACAUCAUAAAAAUCAUCCAGAAGCCCAGAUGUGGAGUACCAGAUGUUGCAGAAUACUCACUAUUCCCAAAUAGACCGAAAUGGACUUCCAAAGUAGUCACCUACAGGAUCAUAACAUAUACUCGAGACUUACCCCGCUUCAAAGUGAAUCAGCUAGUGGAAAAAGCCUUUGCAAUGUGGAGCAAAGAGAUCCCUCUGCAAUUCAAGAAAAUUAAAACAGGAAUUGCUGAUAUCAUGAUUGGCUUUGCAAGAGGAGCUCACGGGGACGGCUCCCCAUUUGAUGGACCAGGAAACAUACUGGCUCAUGCCUUCUCACCUGCACCACGCCUAGGAGGAGAUGCCCACUUUGAUGAGGAUGAACGCUGGACUGAUGGUACCAGUAUAGGAAUUAACUUCCUGUUUGCUGUCACUCAUGAACUUGGCCAUUCUUUGGGCCUGGGUCAUUCGCCUGAUCCGAAAGCUGUGAUGUAUCCAACCUAUGAAGACAGAGAUGCCAAGGAUUUCAAACUGUCACAGGAUGAUAUCGAAGGAAUUCAGGACUUAUAUGGAAAGAGACGUGACUAA